UAGAAACGUCUUGCUUACUGUUUCCAACAUUUGCCAUCCCGACGCUCGGUGUUCAACAGCAUUUUGUUCUCAGGUCACUGAAUCAUCUGGCCGCAGCAAGGAUGAGGACGUCAAGUACUUGCGCAAGCUGUUUUAGCCACCCUCUGUCGUGAUGCUGGGUACGAAGUCUGCCAAGAAGCACGAUAGUAGAAUCAUCAUCCACUUCGACUAUGACUGCUUUUAUGCGAGUGUCUUCGAGAAUGAGAAUCCAGCGCUGAAAAGUGUCCCUCUGGCUGUGCAACAGAAGCAAAUUAUUGUCACUUGCAAUUACGAAGCCCGUCGACGCGGCCUGGGGAAAUUACAACUCAUAACCGAAGCUAAGAAGAUAUGUCCGGAUGUAGUGAUAGUUCUUGGAGAAGAGCUAGGUCGCUUUCGUGAUGCAUCGAAAUCAUUGUAUAAGUUCUUGGAGGCUUUCACUUGGAGUGGGAAAGUUGAGAGACUAGGAUUCGAUGAGGUGUUUAUGGAUAUGACAGACAUUGUGGAUUUUAACCAGAGCCUUCUCAAUCCUCAUGACCUGUCGCAUUCUUUUCUACAGCUAAAAAGAGAUGACCCCACCAAUGGCUUCCCUUUCGAUGCAACCAGAAUAGCUGGGCAUAGACACCCAAAUAUAUCGCUGACAUCCUCGGUCACCUCAGAUGGAAAUGCUGAGAAGGGCCUACUCACUAGACUCAUUCUCGGUUCUCAUUUAGCACAACAUAUUAGAUGGGCUUUGGAGGAACAGAAAGGCUAUACCUCCACGGUAGGGAUCUCAACCAAUAAGCUCAUCAGCAAGCUUGUGGGAAAUCUGAAUAAGCCAAAAGGCCAGACUACCUUGCUUCCUCCAUACACACUGUCGGAAGAAGACGCCCGAGCUGGCGAAGAAAGCAAUGUAACGGCCUUUCUUGACAGCCACGACAUUGGCAAGAUUCCUGGUAUUGGCUUCAAAAUGUCGCAGCGAAUUCGAAAUCAUGUACUUUCACGACCUGCAGACUUUGACACAGGCCUCAUUUACGGUAGCACGAGAGAAUCUGUAACAGUCCGCGAUGUGCGUCUAUUUCCUGGUAUGGGACCAGAACUCCUCGAGAAGAUUCUAGGCGGACCGGGUGCAGAACGAGGUAUCGGAGGUAAGGUAUGGAAUCUCAUCAAUGGCAUCGAUGACACAGAAGUCCAGCAAGCCAAAAAAGUCCCUACUCAGAUAAGUAUCGAGGACUCAUACAUUCGUUUGGACACGAUGCCGGAAGUGCUUAAAGAGCUUCGCAUCCUUGCCACGAGUCUCCUUAAACGGAUGCAUACAGACCUCUUAGAAGAUGACGAUGAUCCCGAUUCAGUGAUCGGAAAGCGAUGGAUAGCACAUCCAAAGACUGUUCGUCUUUCGACUAGGCCACGACCACCUUGGAACGCCGAUGAUACGAGGACCAGAAGCUUCAAUAGGAUAUCUAGGUCUGCGCCUCUACCGAAUUUCAUCUUCAGUCUGAAAGAAGAGCUUGAAUCCCUUGUGGACAAAUUUGUCCAAGAAAUAUUGGUACCCAUGUUCCGAAAACUUCAUCCAUCACCCAGAGGCUGGAACUUGAGCUUGGUCAAUAUCGGAGUAACGAACAUGGUCGAAACCGCUAGCGAAGACGGAAAGAGUGGAGGUCGAGACAUUGGACGAAUGUUCAAGAGACAAGAGGAAGUGUUGAAGGAAUGGAAAGUCGAGGACAAAGAUGUCCCACCAGAUCUACCGGAGUCAGACAAUGCCGUACAAACAGAUCCAAGUGCUGGAAAUCAAGUUCUGGAAAGCAUUAUGACUGGCUCGGAAGAUAUCAUACAACCUACACAGACUUCUGUUGAUGAACAAGGAGUUUGGGAAGAUGAUGAGGAUGAAGAUGAAGGUCAGGAGAUAUGUGACGAGUGUGGUGCUAUCAUGCCUGCGUUUGCGUUGGCUGCGCAUGAGCGUUUUCAUAGCCUUGAAGGAUAGUGACAAUACACAUUCGAAGAUUGACACAGCUUAUUGCUAGUCCGAUCUUAUCAAAACCAAGUGACCGUGUCAGAGGUUCCUCAAGUUAUAAGUAAAAAAAUCAAUGAGC